GCCUGUAUUGUGAAUCUCAUAGUACUGAGAAACCAAUAUUGAAUGAGGAGAAAAGAACAAGAAAUUUCAUAGAAUUUCAACAUAAAAACAUUGGGCCAUGUUGAAAAAAAAAUCCAAUCUAAUUUUCUUAUUGUCUGGGCCCCUGACAUUGCAUGUGCCUUUUCUUCGCUCUACGGUCUCCAGAGUGACGGCUUCGCAAGGUUACAAAUCGGCAGAUUGGUCAUCAAUGAAGAGAAGCUUGCCUAUCAGGCCGACGCUGAUGAGAUAGUACAGGAGGUGAAGGGGAGAGAAUGAGAGCUGUGGGUCUUUCUUGGCCUACUACUGCUGCUACUGCUGGGAUUGUGCAGAUCCGCUUUCACAAAUCGAAAAAAACAUACGCUUCAUGCCCCAAUCUGAAAGACCCGCAGUUGGCGUUAUUGUGACCGACCUCCAAAUGGAAGGAGCCAUGACAACAUGAAUCGGUCAUACAGACGGGCUGUAAGGGGCUGCUCAGGCUCAGCAUCAGCCACAGUGUACAGCUCAGGCCAGCCAGAGUUGAGGCCCCCCAAUGGCCUCUCAGUUUCUGCCACUUCCUAUGGAAACCAGUGUAACAGCAGCACCAAGCAUGGUUCAACAGACCAACUGUCGGCGGCCAUGCAACUGUCAACCUCCUCCCUCAAACAGGCACCUAGCUACGUGUAUAACCAGGCAGAGAAGGAGAGGCCCCACUGCUACAGUCCUCUGCUGAGGCUCCAGGACCUCUCCACUAUGGUACACAGACCUGGGUCUGAUCUGGGACCCGGGCCCCAGCCUAAGGAUCUCGACGCCAGGAAGCAUUUACACUCUCACAGCCCAGUGGGAGUCUCUAGUUUUGGGGCUCCCCUGGUCCGACUGCCCCCCUCUACUGGUAACGAGGAGACAGAACCCUGCGAGGAUUCCAUGCAGGAUCAGAACGGUUUCUCUCCUGUUAGUUCUGAUAGUUUGGAGCGCUGCUCCCCCAUCCCCAAUGGAUACUUGCAUUUCGAGUCCACCUUGUUUGACAGUGGGGACAGGGAGGAUGAGGACGACGAGGAGGAAGAGUUAGUACCUUUUCAACAACACUUUUCUAAGUCCCCCAGAGACAGAACAGUCACAGACCCUAACACCACCUCUGGUUCAGGGGUAGGCCAUACCAGCACAUACAAACCCUCUGUUCUCAACCUGAUGUCUAAGAGUCUGUCUGAACUGGACCCUACUCUGAGCCCCAGUGCCCUGCCUGACAUGUCCAUGGGGGAUGGCUGGAGUAUGGACCAGGACUCUGACAGUGACAGUGACAGUGCGAUGACAGGAGACACACUUGACCAUGGUCUCAUCUCACCUGUUGGAACCAACUCUAAUUCCAACAGCCCAAAGAAGAAGCCCCUCCCAGUAGUGCAGUACUUGGAGGGAGAUCUGGUCUGGGCCAAGUUUAACCGCCGCCCCUGGUGGCCCUGUAGAGUUACCAUAGAUCCUCUGGAGGGGAUACACACACGCAUGAAAGUCCCCAGUCGUCGUCCUUGUCGUAUCUAUUACGUGGAGACUCUGGGGGAGAUGGCAGAUCAUGCCUGGGUACCUGGGGAAGUUACUUACCCCUUCACAGGAGGAGAGCAGUUCACAGACCUGCCUGUGCUGAGACGGAGAGGGAAACAGAGGGAAAAGGACUACAAAUACACAAUACCCAAGCGUCUGUUUGAGUCGUGGAAAGUCGGUGUGCUGGAAGCUGAGUUUCUCCUACCUGACCUGCUGAAGAAUACUGCUGUCUCUUCUUCCAUGCCCUCUAACAGUGAAGAGCGGGUGUCCUUUCCACUGCCUGAUGAAAAACCAUCCGAGGCCCCCUCUUGUUCCUCCUCUAUGCUCACUGCACCCCCCUCCUUCAGCCCUCCCCCCAACAGAAACAAACAUCCCCCUGCUGCCGACCUGGCCGCAGCGAACGACACGAACAGUAGCAGCAAAAAUAAACCCUGCCAGAAGAAGAAGAGGAAGGGUUUGGCGGAGAUCUUUGGUCCUAUAGGUGGAAAUCCCACAAAGUCACUAAGCAUCCUAGACUUGGCCAACCAAAUGCCUGCUGCCACAGCUGAUCCACUGAAAGAAGAAGAUCCCAAGGACUCUCCAUACGCAGACCUGGAUUCUGUACCAACCAUUGUGCGUCCCAAACGGUCUGAGAAACCUGCUAAAGAAGACACAGAGAAACCGUCUGAACCCUCACAAGAGGAGGCAGAGAAAGGGGGCAAGAAGGAGCGGGCUACUCCUCCUGAAAAGACAAAAGACAGGCAUGUGGUCAUGGUGGUUCCUAGGCAUGUAGUUCCUAUAUCCUCAUCCCCAAAUAUUUUAGUAAACAAAUCCCUUUUCAAAUACAGAAUUACAAAAUACACAAAUGUUUUACAGUCAAAACAGAAGUUGGGCAGCUCUUCUGAACUGAAGAAUAUAAAUGCUCUUGAUAAGCCCUCUCUGCAACUGCCUUCCAGCAGCCGUCUGAUGACCAGGGCCCUGAAAGCAGAGGAAGAGACAGAUCUCAAACAGACUCUGCUGGCCUCAAGCCAAAAGUUGACAAACGAUAGGCUUAAUGUACAUUCUUCUGACGAUGAUGAUGAUGUGAGCGAUAUUGUUCAGAUCAGAACAGAGUCGUCUACUAGCAGGGAUUCUUCACCAGACAAAACCAGAUCCUCUGCUAGCUCUCCUAAAAAACAGCCUGAGUCUGAUUGGAAGCACCUCCACAACGGCUCGUGGAAAAACUCAGAAGAUGUGACUCCAGGGUCCAGUAAGCCUGUCAUACCCUCUAUUAAGGUCAAGGAAGAGAACAUUGUCUCAGACAUAUCCUCCUGUUCUUCCUCCACCUCCUCUCUCUCUCCCAUGGACACUUUCCAGGAUGUCAAGGAGCUGUCAUUCAAAUCCCUAGUGAAGGAGGAGAGUGACUCUGGGGAAUCUAACACUAAUUUUAAACCUGAGCCUAAUUACAAGUUCAGUACUUUCCUGAUGCUCCUGAAGGACAUGCAUGAUACCAGGGAGAAAGAGGGCAAGCCCCUGACCAUGCCUCCCUCGCAAGCUCUCAUCCAGGAGGAACCCAUGGUCAUAGCCACUGUCCAAGCACCAGCCGACACCCUGAACACUGCUGCUGGCGGGGACUGGACACCAACGGGGACCAAAGUCCAAAACGGCCAGCAUGCGAGCUCGCCAACACCCAAGAGCACACCGGCCAAACCCAAGUCCAAAACUAAACCCAUCAUGAAAAACGACACAUACAAACUUGAAGGGAAAACGGUGCUGGCUCAGAUGGUGGCGAACGCAGUAGACAAGCAGCAGCGGAGGAAGUCGAGGCCUCCAGCCAAACUCCGGGCCCCCAUCGCUGGUCUCUCUCCCGAGAUGGCCGACCUAGCCUGGGGGAGGGAGUUUGUCUCUGGGCACGCUGACCUGGCUGAGCCUGGCCUCAGCCCACCUCCUCUUCCUCCUGUCCCCUCCGCUGUUGACUCCUCAUCCUACCUCGACAAGAGCCCGGGUACCAAAGUGGCCCCUAAGAAGCGCUGGCAGACGUUUGCUCAGCAGGGGCCGGUGAAGCCUGGGAAGGAUCCAGGGGACCCGGGUGGGGUGGCCUCACCGCAGGGGCUUGCGGAAGUGAAUGGGGUCUACAGAGACUGCCAGGGAGGGACACCAGACCCCAUCAGCUCCCCUGAUCUAAACCUGGGGAUGGAGAAGCAAGAUGACACAUCAGCACAUUCUGAAAACAAACGGAUGAGGAAACCCAGCAAAAGACUGCUGGAAUCCACAGAGGAAGAACAAUUCUUCUCCCCGAAGAAAAAAAUAAAGAAACCUCUGGAAUCUUCCAAAACUCCUCCGAGCCAUUUUUCAGCCUCAGUCCUGCUAAUGUACACCUCUACACCCAACCCCACCCCUCUCCCUACCUCUGGGGAGCCAGCCUGCCCCAUCCCUGGCCCUACCUCUGGGGAGCCAGCCAGCCCCAUCCCUGGCCCUGCCUCUGGGGAGUCAGCCAGCCCCACCCCUGGCCCUGCCUCUGGGGAGCCAGCCAGCCCCACCCCUGGCCCUACCUCUGGGGAGCCAGCCAGCCCCACCCCUGGCCCUGCCUCUGGGGAGCCAGCCAGCCCCACCCCUGGCCCUACCUCUGGGGAGCCAGCCAGCCCCACCCCUGGCCCUGCCUCUGGGGAGCCAGCCAGCCCCACCCCUGACCCUACCUCUGGGGAGCCAGCCAGCCCCACCCCUGGCCCUACCUCUGGGGAGCCAGCCAGCCCCACCCCUGGCCCUGCCUCUGGGGAGCCAGCCAAAACCCAGGCCCUAGCAGGGCUGAAACAGAGUCUGUCUCAAGAUGUCCUCCACCGUGUUAUAGAAUCAUUAUCCAAACAACCCCCAGCAGUGACCUCUUUCUCUACUGACUCAUCAUCCGAUGGGGCAAACCCUCCUCUGCCCUCUGACCCAGUAUCCCUGGAGAGGAAGAGGCCAAGGAAGCCGUCUCACAAGGUCCUGGAAUAUACCAUAGAGGAAGUGUCAGUCAGUCCUCCAAAGAAGAAGGAGUUUAAGAACCAGAGUGUACAGACAGACGUGAAAACAGAAGUCAGGGACACUCAGGUAAAGUCUGUGAAGAAAGAAGUGCCUGUAUCCAGCGUGACACCUCCAGAGAGCAUGGUUUCUCUGCAGGGCUCCUCUCCUGCCCGGCCCUCUAGCCCUACGGUGCUCCUCACCCCCAAGGAAGAGACCGAGAAGAUCAGUCCUGGGGUGGGAGGAGAGAGCCACAGCAACGGAGAGAGGACACCCAAACCUGAGGUGUUCUCUCCUGGUCUGAAUGACAGUUUCUCCCUACCUGGUGAAGGGUCCCUGGUCUCCAGCACUAAGAAGAACACAGGAGAAAAAGGAGGAGCUGCGUCCAUGAAGGAGAAUGUCUGUCAGGUGUGUGAGAGGACAGGUGAGCUGCUGCUGUGUGAGGGCCAGUGCUGUGGGGCGUUCCACCUGCAGUGUAUCGGCCUAUUAGAAGCCCCUAGAGGGAAGUUCAUCUGUUGUGAAUGCACUAAAGGGAUCCACACGUGCUUUGUGUGUAAGAAGUCUGGCGACGGUGUGAAGAGGUGCAUGGUGCCUGUAUGUGGGAAGUUCUAUCACAACGAGUGCAUCCUGAAACACACACCCACCCAGCCCCAGAAUAAAGGGGUUCGCUGCUCCCUCCACGUCUGUCUGUCCUGCCACAUCACCAACCCCCUCAACCCCUGCAUUUCCAAAAGUCGUCUGACCCGCUGUGUGCGCUGCCCUGUUGCGUACCACGCAAACGACUACUGCAUGGCGGCAGGCAGCAUUGUCCUGGCCAACAACAGCUUCCUGUGUCCCAACCACUUCACCCCCCGCAAGAACUGCAAGAACCACGAACACAUCAACGUCAGCUGGUGCUUCGUCUGCUCAGAAGGGGGCAGUCUGCUGUGCUGCGAGGCCUGUCCUGCUGCCUUCCAUCAAGAGUGUCUGAACAUCGAGAUGCCCGAGGGGAGCUGGUUCUGCAACGACUGCAAGGCUGGGAAGAAACCACACUUCAAGGACAUCCUCUGGGUUAAAGUGGGAAGAUUCAGGUGGUGGCCUGCGGAGGUGUGUCUUCCUAAGAACAUCCCAGAGAAGAUUCUCCGUAUGAAACAUGAGGUGGGGGAGUUCCCCGUUCAGUUCUUUGGUUCUAAGGACUACGCCUGGACCUACCAGGCCCGAGUCUUCCCUUACAUGGAGGGAGAUGCCAACAACAGGGACAAGAUGGGGAAGGGUUGUGACGCCAUCUACAAGAAAGCUCUGAAUGAAACAGCUGAGCGGUUCAUAGCUCUUCAGGCUGAGAAGGAAAUGAGACAGCUUCAGGAGGACAGGAGGAACGACAAGAAACCUCCUCCCUACAGACACAUCAAGGUGAACCGACCAAUUGGCAAGGUCCAGAUCAUCACAGCGGACCUAUCGGAGGUGCCUCGCUGUAACUGCAAGGCGUCUGAUGAGAACCCGUGUGGCAUGGACUCCGAGUGCAUCAACCGCAUGUUGAUGUAUGAGUGCCACCCUCAGGUGUGUUUGGCAGGGGAGAGGUGUCUGAACCAGAGUUACACCAAGAGACAGUACACCCAGGUGGAGAUCUUCAGAACCUUGUCACGAGGCUGGGGGCUACGGGGCGUCUCCGACAUCAAGAAGGGUGCAUUUGUGAAUGAGUACGUGGGGGAGGUGAUAGACGAGGAGGAGUGCAGAGCCAGGAUCAAACAUGCUCAAGAGAACGACAUCUGUAACUUCUACAUGCUCACUCUGGACAAGGACCGGAUCAUAGACGCUGGACCCAAGGGGAACCAGGCGAGGUUCAUGAAUCACUGCUGCCAGCCCAACUGUGAGACCCAGAAGUGGACGGUAAACGGAGACACCAGGGUGGGGCUCUUUGCCCUGGAGGACAUCCCCGAAGGUGUGGAGUUGACCUUCAACUACAACCUGGAGUGUCUUGGUAACGGGAAGACAGUAUGUAAAUGUGGAGCGUCCAACUGCUCUGGGUUCCUGGGGGUUCGACCGAAGAACCAGCCAUCUAAAGCACGGGAAGGAAGGGAACUAAAGGAGGGCAAGAAGAAGGUUCUGGUGAAGAGGAAGCCUCAGCAGGAGGUGACGAAGGAGAGGGAGGACGGGUGUUUCAGCUGUGGGGACGGAGGACAGAUCGUGUCCUGUAAGAAGACAGGAUGUCCCAAGGUCUACCACGCAGACUGUCUCAACCUGGCCAAGAGACCUGCAGGCCGUUGGGAGUGCCCCUGGCACCAGUGUGACGUCUGCGGUCAUGAGGCAGCCUCCUUCUGUGAGAUGUGUCCCAGCUCCUUCUGCACGCAGCACCGUGAGGGCUUGCUCUUCAUCUCUAAGAUAGACGGGCGGCUCGCCUGCAACGAUCACGACCCCUGUGGACCCGAGCCCCUGGAACCAGGGGAGAUCAGGGAGUACGUAUCUCCUGGGGGCAUGCCUCUCCCCCACCUAACCCACCCCCAGGGUCAGGUCCCACCCAGGCCUGGUUCCACCACUGCUGGUUCUAUCCCCUCCACAGUUGCCCCAGACCUGAUCCAGGACUCACUACUGCCCCCUACAGGGAGCUUGUUCCUCAACACCUCCCAGAACUCCAAUACCUCCUCCUACGGACCCCCUAGCAGUCCCUACAUGUCUGAUAGUCAAAUACUGCACUCCCUUCCUUCUCCCCCCUCCUCCUACAAGGACGUGAAAGAGGAGGAGGAGGAGGAUGGAGAGCUGGAAGACGGACAGGUGGGUGGAUUAGAAGAGGAUGCAGAGGAGGAUGAAGAAGAGGAGGAAGGAGAGGCGAUGGAGGUAGUUGAGGAGGAAGAUGAGCAGUAUGAGGGCAGACUAGGAGAGGAGGAAGGGGGAGAUGUGUAUGACACCUGGGGGGACUACAUGGAGGAGGAGCCAAACGAUGAGGGGGGGGUAGAGGGACAGGAGGAGGAGCCAGACGAUGAGGGGGGGGUAGAGGUACAGGAGGAGGAGUGGGGGAGGGUGGAAGAUGAAGAGAAAUGAACUCUGUUUUACAUCCCUCCCCCUUGUCUUCCAUUCCUUCUUCCAUCUAUCCAUCUCUUACGAAAAUACUUUUUCUCUAGCUCUCAUCUCUCUAGUGACAUUCUGAUGGACUGACAAUGAGAGACAGAGAGAGAGAUUGUCCUGGUGGUGCCAAGCGAAAUACGAAGCUGCCUCUGUGUUCACACUGCAUUGCCUUCCUAUGCCCAGCAUAGCAUAGCACAGUGUGGGAUAUAAACUGGUGCUAAGGGGCUGGGAGGACUGCUCUGGUCAGCCUCUGGUUCAUCUGUUGAUAUGUUAUUAGUAUGUGCUCUGGUCAGCCUCUGGUUCAUCUGUUGAUAUGUUAUUAGUAUGUGCUCUGGUCAGCCUCUGGUUCAUCUGUUGAUAUGUUAUUAGUAUGUGCUCUGGUCAGCCUCUGGUUCAUCUGUUGAUAUGUUAUUAGUAUGUGCUCUGGUCAGCCUCUGGUUCAUCUGUUGAUAUGUUAUUAGUAUCUGCUCUGGUCAGUCUCUGGUCCAUCUGUUGAUAUGUUAUUAGUGACUAGUGCUGUUUUUCUUCUCUCAAAGUUUUUUUGUAAUUUUAAAAAUAAAUAAAAAAUUACAAUUGGGAAAACAAAAAAGGAUGGGCAGCCUCACUCAGCCACACCCUGACCACCCUGACUAUAUCGGAUCUGUGGCGUGUGUGACCAUUGCAAAAAUAAAUGUACAAAUUCAAUCAUUUCAUCCACACUGCUUGCGCACUUCAACUAAUGUCUUCGAUGCCAAACUCUGAAGUAGAACUUGGUUGCACAAUCUCACGUCUCCCGUCUCCUUAUUGCUUUACAUAAAGAUACAACCCCACAUGUUUGCUUGAAAUGAGAAACCUGCAGAUAUUAUUCAAAGAUGACUUACUAGGUUUCCCUUUUAAUGUGUGGAUUAUACGCCGGAAUGGAGAUACAUACACACACACAUAUACACACACACACAUACACUGACACACAUACACACACAUACAUACACACACACACACACAAUUUUUGUGUGACCUGGGUCAAAGUUCUCCAAAGGACCUCCUAAGAAUGGGAACACGUAUGCAUGAGAAGGUAAAAUAACUACCCACUGUUCAUGUCCCAGGACAAACUAGCUAACAACAGCUAUGCAACGUCCAUGAACGUUUCCUGUGUAUUUUCACCUGUCCCCAAAUGAAUAUAGUUGGAUCACAGUUGGUUUUGUUAUUUUAACUUGCAAGUCAUGAUCGCGUCUGGUUCGAGUAGACAAAAUCAACACGCCCACGGUGGCGCACGCACGUGCAGGGCCGGUGGAGACAUGUUUUUUGAGUUAGGAGCUCGACCAGUUAUCAAUAAUAAUGAACGAUAUGCUCUCAAUGAUCACUGAUUAUAAAACGGCAUAAACAACUUCUGGUUUGUUGUUACAAAUCAACACAAUCGUGAAAUCUAAAGUGCAUCUCUUGUAAAUGGUAAAGAAAAAACACUUUUUGUCCACAGCGAAAGAUGAUGAUAAAACUCUCAAUCCAUAAUUAAGAUCCCAGAUUGUCCAUUAUCUUAAGAUGGUUUAUGGCUGGACAAACAUUCCAAGAGUUCAGAACAUCACUCAUGUUAGUUGUGCGCACAUCAAUGUUUUGACCUCCCUUUAUGGCUUCACGUUACCGUUCCAUCCACAGAAUUAGAACAAAUUCUAGUUCUAUGAUUCCAUCACCAUAGGUCAUUCAACGAUCACGUCUGGCAGGAAAAUGUGUUGAAAGAUGAUGCGAAAGUUUAUAAUGUGAGUUUGAGUGCACACACUUGUCUGCUGUUAUAGAAUCAAGCGAUACUUGUCAUAUAUUGUCUCAUGGCCUAAAGAACAGUGUUUUAGAGUUUUAUAAAGUAGAGUUUUAUACUUCUGAAUUGACUGUUGUGGUGCUGUAAACAUUUGAACACAAACCCCUUAGUAUAGACUGCAUCGUCUCGCUAGAACGCUGGUUGCCUGCAUCACUAAAAUACAUGGUUUAUCACCUCUGUUGAUUAACUGAAGAGCCAAGCAGAAUGUCUCAUGUUUUCUGUCAUAACUAAUGUUGAUUCAUCAGGCAGCUUUUCCAACCGGAUGGUUUAUCAUCACAAUGAAGCUGUGAAGCGUUCUGAAACCUCUCUACAUUCUAGAAAGGUUGUUCCGAGACCUUCACUUCAUACAUUUUGUGUAAUGUUCUGCUGUAUAUGUUCGGCAUUCAAACAUGUAGCAGCACACUUCCAACGCACAAACACACGGGUCCAGUUGGUUUGGUUGCUGGUUAUGGUUAAAUUCCAUGAAAUAACAAACCUUCCCAUGAGUCUCAUCUAAUGCUUUUUAAAUGAAAUUAGAACAUUUUCAUGAAUUUUACAAUUGGUUAAAUUGAUGUUUUAGAAUUAGAAUGUCAACAUGAGAAUCACUGGACAAUUGGCCUUACAAUCCUGAAUAUUCAGCCUUUUAAAACAAUCAAUUGGGUCCAACACAUAUCAACUAAAUGAGAAAAUGAUGUACUGAAUUCCCAAACAGAAGCACUACCAUUUUUACAUGGCUUGCCUAAUAAUGUGUCAACAAAUAUUUCUGCCUCACUCUUGACUUGACACCCAGGCAGAGAACUAUAUGUAUGUUUUGGUUGGCUAGUUUUGUAUGUAUCAAACAUCUUUUUCUUUUUUUUCCCCUUUUUUUGUGAUGAUGUUUGCCAACAGGUCUACUUUGAAAAGUUCUCUGGCCACUCCUGUUUUUUUUGUGUUUUUUUUUAGAGAUGAAACACAGAAAUAGAUUUUCUGAAGAAAUAGGGGAUAUGUUUAUUGCUGCCAUGUUGAGAAGACUCAUGAACUGAAUUGUACUCCUUUGUGUAUAAUAAAUAUUAUAAGUAAAGUUUCACAAUAGAA